AUGGAAUAUUACUCAUCGUUAGAUUCAUCGCAGUUAGAUCCUGAGAGACCAACUCUUUUUGAGUUGAUUUCUUCUAAUCAAUUAGAGGCAUUACUUUCACCUUCAUUAAGAUAUAUCUUGGUUCAUUAUACUAGUAGAUAUCCAAGAUAUCUUUUAAAAAUUAAUAACAGAUUUGAUGAACUUAAUUUGGUGCUUCGAAGCUUUAUUGAAUGGUAUUUUCUUAAAUAUUGGCAAGGUUCAUUUACAGAGAACUUUUAUGGAUUAAAAAGAGUUAAUCAAACACCACUUUCACAGAAUAGUGAUUAUAAUAGUAGCAAGUUGACCCAGUUAGUUCCUUCUUUGAUUGAAGAGAGGAGGCGAUUAACACCUUUCCAACAGUUCAUUUCUAUAUUUGAAAUUACUGGUGUGGCAUAUUUACUGGAAAAGUUCAAUUAUUGGUAUGAAAUUUGGUAUACAAAAUAUAUCACCAAUCAAUUAGAUACACAUGAUUCCCUUUCCAAAGAAGAAAACUUGAAAAUUCAAUUAAAGAGAAAGUUUGUUGAGAUAUAUCCAUAUAUUCAAAGUGCAUAUAGAGCAGCAAAUUUCAUAACAACAAUUAUGUAUUUGAGUGGUACAAGUAAAUCUGCAUCAAUCUUGAUGUAUUUAUUUAAAAUGAAUUAUUCCAGAUUAAACCAAUAUGACUAUUCCAAAUAUGAACCAAAGGCUCCUAAGGAAGACUCAAAGGGGCCCAACCGGAUAGCUCCUCCUACGACAAUAGAAUUUAUCUUGAAAUUACUUGGAAAUAAUGUAACUAAUCCAAUAGUGAAAGCAAUCAAAUUUGUAUUAGGAACCUUCUUCCCCGCUGCCAUAUUUACUUUGAAAUUCCUUGAAUGGUGGAAUAACUCAGACUUUUCCAAAAAGCUUUCGAAGAAUCAAGGGAAUGUUCUUGAUUUUACAUUACCACCUCCAUCGACCUUAGCUUCUGCUCUUCGUUCUUCUAGAACCACAGGAAUAGCCACCAACAAACCAAAAUCUAAACCCUAUAAAUCAGGCAAGGUUUGUCCUUUGUGUAAGAAGGAGAUUACCAACCCGGCAAUUAUCGAGACUGGUUAUGUGUUUGAUUAUUCUUGUAUUUACAAUUAUCUCGAGAAAUCACAUAUUAUAGUCGCAAACAAAUCAAAGGCAGAGAAGUCAAUAGAAGAUGAAGAAAAAGUAUAUUCCGAUGAUGAAGAUGAAGAGGUUGUGAUAGACGAAAAGCAUGAGAAGGAAGAAGAAGAUCAGAAGGCUGAAACAUUCAUUGAUAUUAAUAAAGGUGGAAGAUGUCCUAUUACCGGAAGAAAAUUACUUGGUUGUAAAUGGAACCCCAUUAAAGAAGAAUGGGAAAUUGAAGGCAUAAGAAGACUUAUCUUUUAG